UGGGUAGCCUGUUCCCCCUGGAUGUGGGAUGGAGGACACGGAGGGAGGGGCGACGCCUGUCACCACCGCCACCACCAUCACCACCGCCAGCAUAGCCUCUGCCACCACCAGCACCUCCUUCAGCGCCACUACUAGUGUUGGCCGGCACCUUUGUCACCGCAAACAUCAACUCCGCUGCCGCUUCCACCACCUCUGCCACCGUCGCCAGAGCAGCCGCCGCCGACGUGUCCGCGUGUGCAUCGGGGGGAUUAGCGUGAGGCGAGGGCGUCCGCGGGACCCGACACGCAGCCAGGGCGCGAGACCCGAGACGCGAGGCCUGUCUCCGGAGUGAGGGGAGCCCGCGCGAGCCGCCUGCGACCACGCUUCCUCGCCCGUGAACGCCUCCUUCCCCCUCCCCUCCCCCCCAUCCAACUACACGAGUCCUGGACCCCCUUCCCACUACCCCUCCUCCCUCCCUUUUUUGGCUCCCACGCCCUCGCAACGUUCACUUCCUCCGUCGGAAGUAGCUGACGGCAUCGCCUCCUUCUGCAGCAAAGCCUUCCUCUGGAUCACGUGACGCCGUGGUUCGAUUCAGUGACGUGUGCACCAUACUUUGUGACGUCAUUAUCCGAUUCGUGGGUGGCGAUUGGUUCAUGUAAUGUGACGUCACCCUUUGAGUCCAGUGACGUGAUUGGUCCCUAUUUGGCCUGUGGUAUUUACCUGAGAAAACCGUGAUUUGAUUGGCUUGUGUGCCGCCUUCCUUGCAGUGAUAGUGUGAUACUUGUGGUUUACAGAUCUCUAGGGGAGAAAAAAGCUGUAAAUAUUCAUUCCAUUUAUUUAUUAUCAUAAUUUCCCCGUGUAAAGGGCAUAUAGUGUAUAGGCCAAUUAUACCUGGAGAAUGUAACACUGUGAAUAGGCCUAGAAUCCGUGCCGUAGUGACGUGGUGAACGUGACUUCAAUUAUAGGCCUACCUCUCUCUUACUACCUCCUCGCCCUCAAGACUAAAAAACAACAACAAAGGUGAUCAAAUAAGCAAAAACAACAAGGACAGAGGCACUCGCGGGUAAGAAAAAAAAUCGCCUCGGAACAAAGACAGAAAACGGGGGAGACAAAGAAAGAAAGAAAGAAAGAGAGAGAGAAAAAAAGAACGUGAGAGAAAAAGUGAGAGAAUUGAACGGAAAAAAAAUCUAAGAAGGAGAAGAGAAAGAGAGUUAUAAAUAGAGAAAGAGAGAAAGAGAAAAAGAGAGAGAGAGAGAGAGAGAGAGAGAGAGAGGAAAAACACAGAGAUUAGGAUGUGGGUGUACCGACGUAGGAGAGGGAAGGAAGAGAGUGGAGGAUGAGCCCGGGCAGUAGGACCUCCCCCCUCGCCAGCAGGACUCCUCCCCCCUCCCCCCACCCCAGCACGCGUUGGAGGAACGUUUGCUCGCGCUUCAUCCUCCUCGCCCCGCCCACGUCUCCGCCCACGCCUCCGCCCCCUCGCCCGCAACAAGGCCGUUCCGACGGCUCUCUCGCACGGGAUUCUCAACCUUAACGGCCGGGCGGUGACGCGAGAGGUCGAAGAGAGGGAGAGAGAGAGGUAGGAGGAAAUAAAUCUGAGGAAACAAGGAGAGGAAAAAAAAAGAAAGCGAGAGAAAAAAAAGAAAGUGAAUAGAGAGAGAGAGAGAUAAGAAAAAAAAAAGAUAAAGAGAGAUCUUAAAGGUGGGAAUGUGAUUUAUUGUCCGAGAUUGACGUACGUGGACAUAAGAAAUAAUUUGAUAAUUACGUGGGAAGAUGAUGAUGAUGAUGAUGAUGGAGAUGAUGAUGAUGAAGAGAUGAGAAAUAAAAAGUAAUUCAGAAAAUCCGAAGACAGAAGAAUCAUAAGUGCGAGUGAUAUAUAUAAAUAUAUUUCCAAAAAAAAGUGAGUGUGUUAAGAAGAGAAUAAAGAAUAAUUAAAAGAAGAGGAGGAGAAGGAGGAGAAGAUAAAGUAGUAGUAGAAGAAAAAGAAGAAGAAGAGGAGGAGGAGGAAAGAGGAGAGGAGAGAAGAUCGAGAGAGAGAGAGAGGAAAGAGCAUCAUGGGAGAGCUUCAGGCAACUAUCGAACUUGCUCUCCACAUGCACAAGUUCUAUAACGUUGACUUGUUUCAGCGAGGGUACUACCAAGUGCGGGCCUACCUCAAGUCCUCCCCGAAGCUGCCGGCCAAGAUCGAGCUGAGCCUGCCACGAAACAGCAGUGAGUAUCGCGUGGAAGGUCGGGAAGCCGCAGACCUGGCAGGGUGUAUCGCCGACCGCCUUCUCCUCUCUACCUCCCCUCGUUCUGUCGCUGCGGAAUGCUGGAUUGCGACUUCCAACGCUGAGAUGAAAUGUGGCAGCGGCCUGGUGUUCCCCGCGUGUGUGGUGAACGGAGCCGCCGUGAGCAAGACCUUCCAGAUCCUGUACCGCAACGAGGAGGUCCACCUCGACGAUCACGUCCUCUUCAAGUUGCACCUCAUCGUCGACGCUCAUAAGCUGGCUGAGAGUCUGGACCGGGCGGAUCUGCAGCUGGUGACAGAGCUGUGGUUCACUGAGCAUGCCUUCGGACCCGACCACCACAAUGCUAUACAGUGUGUGUCAGCCAGGACUCUCAAUCUGCACUUCUCUCCCACCAGGGGCCUUCACUACCAUCUGCCGGUUCUUUUCGAUUACUUCCACCUCUCUGCUGUCACCCUCACCGUCCACUGUUGUUUGGUAGCACUACAUCAACCCUACAUCAAGUAA